AUGGGUAACGGAUCUGGCCAGCGGCCGCUUUCCGAAGUGAGUCCUAUGGCCCAGAGGCGCAACUCGCCAAGCUGGAACCAAGUUACCAAGAUGCCCAAUGGCGAGUCGCCUUCCUACGAUGUCUCUUCAUUGAACAGCAAAGCUUCCCCACGUCUGUUCUGGAAAGGUCGCGAGACUCCAUCGCCGUUUUCCAAGGGAACCGAGAACAAAAAGCCAUACGACCCAGAGGGAUCAUAUUUCCCAACCAGACGCCCAUCGCUCGAGAAUCUGAAGCGCGUCUCCAAGGUGAAGAACCAUAGCAUGUUCCUGGAAGGUGGCACAGAGUACGACCCAGCUGCGGUCGCUGUCCCUCAGAGGCCACUGGCACGCGACCGCUCACCGCAACGUGACAGCCAAAUGAAUGUCGCCAAGUCCCAGUUUGACGAUGAAGAUGACAGCUAUAUCCCACGACCCCAAUCCCCAAGCAAGGAUCAAGCCUCGCCAAGCAAAUCAUCUCUCUCCAAGGGCAGUCGAUACGGCAAAGGAUUUGAUCCUCAGCAUGAUAUCUGGUCCGAGUAUGGCAGCGCAGGCCAUCGACAUGCCAAGAGUGUCACAUUUGACCACGCUCCUCCUCAGGUUAACGAAUAUGAAAUGACGACACCCGACCCAUCUUCAGUUGCGUCUGAAUCCCGAGAAAAUAGUUAUGAGUCGGAGGAAGAGGAGGGUGACAUCAGCUUCGAGCACGAAUCUUCAAUUGAGCGUGAUGAUAGCUUCGACGCUUCUCUUGAGGACAUCGAGAAGACCCCUGUUGUAUUGCCCGAGGAUUGGCGAUUCAUGAGCCCUGGCACAGAUGACGAGGGUGAUGUUUUCUCCGAGCAUGUUGAGAGCCGCAACACCGAGGACCGACCAGUCUCCCGCGAGAGAGACUCAUCCGCCCACAAGCGUGUCGAAUCGUUGGACUCCAAUGGCGAGCGACGCCCCCUCCCACCUCUGCCAUCGGUCAACCGCUUGUCAGCUGCGCGACCCUCUUCGCCCGGCAAGUUAGGAGCUGCAUUUGAACUUGGAAGUGCCGGUCAGCGAAACCUCCCAGCACCUCCAGCUGCUGCCUCGUAUAAUAAGUCUGAUAUCGGGGGUGUCGUGUCCCUGGAGGAUCGGCUUCGCCUUAUGAUGUUGCAUGAGAAAGAAGAAAACAACGAGACCCACGAAGACCACGCAGAGGAUACUGAGGAACCCGAGAAGAAGCUGGUCGCUGCGCCGGAACCCGCAUCAAAAACGAAUGAUGCCGAGGAAGAAGAAGAUCCUAAGGAAAAUUUCUUCUCACCUCCCCGAAUUUCGCGCGACUCAAUCCUACGAGACAUGCGCAAGGGUGAUAGCUACGACGAGGACGACGACGAUAGCUUUGACGCGUCUUCUCAAAUCGAUUCCAGCCCUCGCCAUUAUGACCAUUAUGACCCUGAUGUUCCCAUUCCAUCAUUGGAAACCGAUGAUGAUGACGCUUCGAGCGUGAUCAUCAAGCAGGAGGAGAAUGACGAAGACAUGUUCUCUAUCACUGAUUACUACCAGAACAUGUCUGACAACAGCCUGUCUUCCCGCGACCAGCGAGCCAAGUACGACGAGGACAGCAACUACUCCCUCCGCUCCGCCGCAGAGGCUGCCGAACGUGCUCGCAAUGACAAUCACAGCCAGGGCUCAGGCCAAAGCACUCCAACUGCUGAAGAGAAGGGCACUGCCCAAAAAACUACGCAAAUCAACGAGACGCAGGAUGAGCAAGAAGAAGAAGAAGAAGAAGAAGAAGAAGAAGAAGAAGGAGAAGCCCCAUCUAAGGACCAGCGUUUGGAUAUGACUUCAAUUCGCCAGUCUCUCGGACGUCCCGUUACCCCUGAGAUGCACGAAGACCAAGAAUCAGAGCCCUCCACUCCAGACUCCGUCAUCCGUCACCCGGUUGAAGACGAUGAGGACUUCGAGAAAGAGCAGGAAGACGAACACCAGCCCGAAGAGGAACGUGAGGAGCUUCAGGAGGAAGUAGAAAGCUCCUCCGACGAGUCUGUUCCCGAACCGGUUGCCACCAUCAGGGCUCCUGGUGCCGGCCUCAAGACCCGACCUUCUUUGACUCCUGCAGAUAUGCAGUCUAUGGCUGCCACUCGCCGCAAGAUCAGUGGCCAACAUAUUCCUCCAGUGCCUCCACUCACCAAGCAGGUUUCGCGCGAGACGGAUCCCUCCGAUCAGGAGAACAAGCACGCCGACUCGCCGCCUAAAUUGACCCUUCCCACGGAUUUCAACCAACGCCAAAGCAGUCUCAUGAAACUGGACAUCCCGUUCAGUAUUCAGGAAGAGAGUCUUGGCUCCGGGUUGAACAAAGAGUUUGAUCGUGUUAUCGAGUCCCAAAAGGUAGCGUUCCACGCUCUUUCCCCAAUUCCCCGUCUUGCCCCUUCCCAGGCAAAAUACCUCCAGACUCCCGUUACCCGAGGAUAUCGUUCCAUCCCUGCUGACUCUUGCUUCUCCGUGCAGCGAGGCUACCUUAUGAGACAAAACACCAAAGUCAUCAUUGCCAGCAGCCGCAACGAAGAAGAACCAAUGCCCUCUCCGGAACAGACUCCCCAGGACCCACGUGGCACGAGGUCUGCUGGUUCCUCUCCUCGCAAGCCUAGCCAGCAAACUUGGACCACAGUCCCUUGGAAUGGAUCACCCCGACGUUCCAGCAUCAAACCCGCCACUGGCAUUCCGAAGAAGAAGCCUGUUCCUGGCGCGGGCCCAGUGCCUCCCCUCCCAGGCCAGGCUAGCAAUGUCCAAGAAGCCCCUGCCACCGUUGAAGAGAACGAGCCGGCCACCGCUGAGUCAUUCGAAGAUGGCGAAGAGCGUGGCCGUCUGUUUGUGAAGGUUGUCGGGCUCAAGUACUUGGAUAUGCCUCUUCCCCGUGGUGAACGUUCAUACUUCGCACUCACCUUAGAUAACGGGCUCCACUGCGUCACUACAUCUUGGCUGGAAAUGGGAAAGACGGCUCCCAUCGGACAGGAGUUCGAGCUCAUUGUCCAGAACGACCUGGAGUUCCAGUUGACUCUGCAGAUGAAAAUCGACGAAAACAAGUUCCAAACACCCGAGCCUGCGGCAUCCCCAUCGCGUCAAAAGGCGUCGGCUCUCAGUCGUGUGUUUGCUUCCCCUCGUCGUCGCAAAGAGCUUGACAUGAAGCAGCAAAUGCAGUCUCAGCAGCAGAAGGCCAAGGAUGUCAAUGCCCCUGUUUACGAUCGCCUUCGUAACCUGGUUGCUCGUGAUGGUAGCUUUGGUCGCGCUUAUGUUGCCCUGAGCGACCACGAACAGGAAGCCUUCGGCCGUCCUCAUGUCGUUGAUGUUGCAUGCUUUAACGAAUGGGCCGUCGAAGAUCAAAUGAGCAGUGUCAAGAGUAAGAAGAGUGCUACUAGCGUUAACGCGCAGCGCCGCCCACCAUACAAGAUUGGUAAAUUAGAGGUGCAACUCCUCUUUGUCCCCAAGCCCAAGGGUAGUAAGGAUGAGGAUAUGCCAAAGAGUAUGAAUGCUUGCAUUCGUGAAAUGCGAGAUGCAGAGAGCGUUGCAGCUCGGUCUUGGGAGGGAUUCCUGUCCCAACAAGGUGGCGAUUGCCCAUUCUGGCGCCGUCGCUUCUUCAAGCUUCAGGGUUCCAAGUUGACAGCGUACCAUGAAACAACCCGCCAGCCUCGAGCUACAAUCAACCUUGCCAAGGCCUCUAAACUCAUUGACGACCGGUCCUCACUCCUCCAGAAAGAGACUAGCACCAAGAAUGGCGGUCGUCGAAAGUCUGCUUUUGCCGAGGAAGAAGAUGGCUAUAUGUUUGUCGAAGAAGGUUUCCGGAUUCGUUUUGGGAACGGUGAAGUAAUUGACUUCUACGCCGACAGCGCCGCAGACAAGGACGGUUGGCUUCGAGUCAUGUCCGAGGCUGUCGGUAAGGGCUCCGCAUCCGGAAAUGGCGCGAUCAAGCCUUGGGCCGACCUCGUGCUCAAGCGCGAGCGCAGCAUGAUGGCCAAGCAAGAGACUUCCCGACCUACCAGCGGGACUUCACGACCGAGCAGCGGCAUUCCUGUGCCACCCGCGUCGCCUUCUCGGAACAGGAACAGCGCGAUGAUGGGGCCGCCUUCUUCUGCAGGAUCUGGGGCGCCGGCGUCCCAGCCUCCUCGUUCUCGACACAAGCACACAUACUCCCAACCUGAAAUGGGAGGUGCCGAGGCACGCCGACAAAAAACCCGCUCCCUUAUGUUCUAG